GCGCCCAAACAAACAGAAUCCAUUCCACUACCAUGAUGUACCAUCACACCGCACUACUUCCCAGAGCUGCAAGCGAAAGCCAAAAAACAAUGUCGACGGCGAGGAUACACCCGUCGCCGUCGGCUAUUUCGACGACCAUCAAACACCUCACCGGAAAACUCCAAUUCGCCCGCACUCACACCUUAUCGCCACUCAAGGGUUCGGGCCGUUCACGGCGGAAUACGCUCCGUGGGAGAACACUCACGGUGUCUGCUUCUUCGGCUCCUGCUGUGUCGGAGCCUCUCGAAGUCUGCGUCAAAGCUUCCGUUACUACCCCUAACAAGCUCGGCGACUGCCCCUUCUCUCAAAGGGUAUUGCUGACGCUAGAGGAAAAGCAUCUCCCCUAUGACAUUAAGUUGGUUGAUUUUGCUAAAAAGCCGGAAUGGUUCUUACAAGUAAGUCCCGAAGGUAAAGUUCCAGUGAUAAAAAUUGAUGAGAAAUGGAUUGCUGAUUCAGAUGUCAUCACCCAAGAACUGGAGGAAAAAUUCCCCGAUCCACCUUUGGGAACACCACCUGAGAAGGCUUCAGUUGGAUCGAAGAUCUUCUCCACCUUCAUUGGUUUUCUCAAAAGCAAAGACCCUAAUGAUGGAACAGAGGAAGCAUUACUGAAUGAGCUCACUGCUUUCAACGAUUAUCUCAAAGAAAAUGGCCCUUUUGUGAAUGGGAAACAAAUAUCUGCUGCAGACUUGUCCCUUGGACCAAAGUUGUACCACUUAGAGAUUUCAUUGGGGCAUUACAAAAACUGGUCGGUUCCAGAUUCACUUCCCUACGUGAAGUCCUACAUGAAGACUAUAUUCUCCAUGGAUUCAUUCAUCAAAACUCGGGCUCUGCCAGAAGAUGUCAUUGAGGGUUGGCGACCGAAAGUGAUGGGUUAGUCUAUUUAUUUUACCCUGUGCAAAUGUAUGUGGUCUACAUUUCUCAACACAAUGCAAAUAUGAAACUAGCAACAUUCUGUCUACUAUGUUCAAUCUUGGUUAUGUGUAUGCUACCCUUUAAUGAGAAUACAGAACUCUUGCUUUAAUUGUUCUUGUGAUUGGAUUCAUGCAUGAGAGGUUUCUCAAAUAAAAAGCCUCAAUUCCAAA